AAAACGAGGAAUGAACUUACCGUCUCAACAAUUCCAAUGCCUCCUCUCAACCACUUAUACCGACUCAGGCGCUCCUGCACCCACGCAUUGAGUCGUGUCACAACCUCUUUCUCACCCAAUGCUGUGCCCGCAGGGGAUAACACGAUCCACGCGCGGGGUAUGCGUUCGUCCGAGGUACGCCCACCCGAAACACCCGCAACGCUCACAUCGGUAAUCAGCUUAUCGGGCUGCGCCAGGAUCGCGUUCUCGAUUUCAACAGGAGACACUUGCAUCCCUGAGAUUUUGAGCGUGUCCUGUGAGGAUGGGGAUAAGUAAAUCACAAAACGAGUUAUGUUUAUGGAUGGUGCAGCUUGCCUUGGUGCGGUCUUCGAAACUGCGAACAA